AUUCACAGAAGAAGACGAACACGGAAGCGUCUCAGUGUUUUUAGUCUGUACUGUACAUGUUAGUUUUAUUUGUCUGAUGCAAAAUGUGUACUGGUUGUGUGCAGAAACAGUAUCCCGACAGGGGUCAUACCUGUCUGGAGAAUGGUUCAUAUCUCAUGAAUUUUCUCGGCUGCGCCAACUGUCACCAGCGGGACUUUGUGCUGAUCAGCGACAGGACGAUGGUGAAUGAAGAUGAGGAGGAGAUUGUCACUUACCUGCAUAUGUGCAAGAACUGUGAUCAUGUCAUAGCCAGACACGAGUACACCUUCACUGUGGUGGAUGACUAUCAGGAAUACACAAUGUUGUGCAUGUUGUGUGGAAAAGCAGAGGAUUCCAUCAGCGUGCUGCCGGAUGAUCCCAGACAAACAGCGCCUCUGUUCUAGAGUACUUGCACACGCAGAGACGGGGAAUUGACUUCUUUGUAAAGAGCAUGGUUAUGCAUAGAUGGAGGGAGACAUAACACAUGCAACGUUUUACAUACGCUUAGCACUGGAGAACGACACACUGUCACGUUUAAUCCGGGAGAAUAUACUGCAGAAUAUAUUGUGCUGUUUGUUUCUGCUGCUUCAAGAGAGGCACUAAGGUUCACAGCCCAGCCCUGACUCAUUCACAAAUAUUAAACCUAAUUAGGAAUCGCUUGUGUUCAUCCCACGAUCAUCCAAUGUUUGUUUUACUCACUCUGUUAGAUAAUUGCAAAAUUUUAUCUCACAAUUCAGACUUUCUUCGAUUCUGAGAGAAAAAAGUCAGAACUGUGAGAUAUAAACUCACAUAUAGAAUAGUACAAAAGUUUACAUUCUGCCACAGAAUGCAAAGGUACUUGCAGCUUUUUAUCUAUCAGUUUCUCGCCAAAUUGUGAGAUUAAAAAGUCAGUUACCUUUUCUGUUUCUUUAUUCCAUUGCAGAAAUGAGCUUCCAUAAAAGUGUUAUUUCCCAUGGUAAAAUGCUUUCUCCUAUCCUAUCUUAAUAUGCACAGUGUUGCUUUGUUGCCAAUUUUAUUAGUCUGAGGCGGAAAUAUCUAUUUAACUGAGCAAGAAAAUUUAGUUUUGAGUGGAUUACCAGUUUAACAACCACAGACAGGAUUUCUGUUACUAUGCAACACAUAGAUAAAAUGCCGUUCAAAAGUUUGGGAUUAGUAAGAUUUUUUUUUUUUUUUUUUUUUAAAGACAUUUCAUAUGCGCAUCAAUGCUGCAUUUAUUUGAUCAAAAAUCCAGGAAAAACUGUAAUAUUGUGAAAUAUUAUUUCAGUGUAAAAUAACAGAUUUCUAUGUGAAGAUAUUGUAAAAUGUUAUUUAUUCCUGUAACAAAAAACAGAAUUUUCAGCAUCAUUACUUCAGUCUUCAUUGUCACAUUGUUUAAAUAUUGUUUAAUAUUUUGUUAAAACCUGCAGUACUUCAAUUAAAAAGUUAAAAAGAACAACAUUUAUUUAAAAUAAAAGUCUUUUGUAACAACAUAAACUAGCCUUUAAAAGUUUGUGGUCAGUAAUUUUUUUCUUUUUUAAAAGAAAUAAGUACUUUUAUUCACUAAGGAUGUGUUAAAUUGAUCAAAAGUGAUAGCAAAGACUUACAUUUAUAUUUUGAAUAAAUUCUGUUCUUUUUAACUUUUUAUUUAUCAAAAAAUCAUCAUUAAGCAGCACAAGAGUUUCUAACAUUGAUAAUAAAAGUAAUAAAUCAGAAUAUUAGAAUGAUUUCUAAAGAAUCAUGCGACACUGGAGUAAUGGCUGAUAAAAAUUCAGCUUUGCAUUACAGGAAUAAAACAUAUUUUAAAAUAUUUUAAAAUAGAAAACCAUUAUUUUAAACUAAUAAUAUUUAACAAUAUUACUUUUUUUGUAUUUUUGAUCAAACAAAUCAGACAUUGGUCAAGAUUGGAUUAGAUAAAAUGUUUAAAAUGGUACACACAAGAAAAAAAACAGAUUCCUGCUUAUUACUGAUACUUAAAGUAUGUAAGCAUAUGAUGUCAUACUGUAUUUCUAUUGUUAAUGCAACAAAAUA